CCCGAGGAGUCACCACCUGAUGCGCCCCCGGAAGCAGUCAAACGGCAAACUUUUCUUGAUGUUUAAAAACUUGAACGAACUAUCGUUAAGAUCGAUGGUGUUGUCACUUGGUGUUACCUAUAAAAAAGAAACUGCGUUAUUUAUAGAAAUAAACUAGGUAUUGUUGUCCGUAUAGUUGUAAAUGUCUCUAAGUUAUUUACAUUGUUAUCCGCCUUUUAGGUUGCUAGGCGUUGCGAAUAAUCGCGACGUGGACUAUUUUCGUUAGUCCUCUCAUUGAUGGCUGAUAAGAAGGUAUCCGAUUACGUGGCGACAACUGAAGUAAUGUAACUUUUCAUCAUCAUCAUCGUCGUCGGCGGUGGGCAGAGUUCCAGGUUCUUAAAUCGCGGCAGGUAGGAUGGAGCAGGCGGGUGAAUGUGUAUUUGGUUUUGUAGCAGUACUUCUCAACUCCAGGGAAUGUUAAAACCGUGUGAGAUGACCUGCUUUGAUUUACCUGUCCUGUCCUCGUUUCCUCUAAUCCGCUAAUCUCUAGUAUCCUGUUGCGGCUUCAUAUACAGGACACGUCUUCGUCACUCCAUAGCUUUCGGUUUUCUUAGGAGGCAGUUUUGGCUGCACCCGGAACCCAACUAACACUUCACUCCUCGCACAAUUAAAACAAGGGAGAGCAAGCAAAGCAAAGGAAAAGGUGUGCACUCCAUUUUUGGGAAUGAGAAGAGGAUCGUGAACUGGGGGAUUAAGAGUCCGGAACAUGAGUCUGUUUGGAAGGAGGAAGCGAACUAAGUUUUUGGUAUUGAUUGGGGCUUGCCUGGUCUGCUAUCUGCUCUUUCACAGAAGCUCACAGAAGGACAGCGGUGCGGCUGCGAAUAAAAGGGUGGCUCAGGUGGAAAACGAUCCCGAUCACAAAGGUGAUCUGGAGGAUUUAAAGAGACCCGUGUACGAGAAGCCCCCGCUGGAUCCUAAUGCACUUGGGGAACUGGGAAGACCGGUUAAAUUGGAUCUUGAAGGUGACGAGAAAAGGAAGGAGGAGGAGAGCAUUCAGAAGCACCAGAUCAAUAUUUAUGUCAGCGAUAAAAUUUCACUGCACCGACGGCUGCCAGAAAGGUGGAACCCCUUGUGUAAAGAAAAACAAUAUAAUUACCGUAGCCUACCCACCACUUCAGUUGUAAUAGCAUUUUAUAAUGAAGCUUGGUCAACUUUGCUGCGGACUGUGCACAGUGUACUUGAGACAUCACCAGACAUCUUGCUCACUGAAAUUAUCCUGGUGGAUGACCAUAGCGACCGAGAACACUUGAAACAGCCGCUUGAAGACUACAUUUCUACCUUGCGCAAAGUAAGACUGAUUCGGGCACGAAAGAGAGAGGGGCUGGUCAGAGCAAGACUGCUGGGGGCUUCCAUAGCAAAAGGAGAAGUGUUGACAUUUUUGGAUUGUCACUGUGAAUGUCAUGAAGGUUGGCUGGAGCCACUUCUUGAAAGAAUCCAUGAAAAGGAGUCUGCAGUAGUGUGCCCUGUUAUUGAUGUUAUUGAAUGGAACACUUUUCAAUAUCUUGGAAAUCCUGGAGAACCUCAGAUUGGUGGGUUUGAUUGGAGGCUUGUUUUCACAUGGCACGUUGUCCCUGAACAGGAGCAAAAAAACAGACGAUCUCCAAUAGAUGUUAUCAGGUCUCCCACAAUGGCUGGAGGAUUGUUUGCUGUUAGUAAGAAGUACUUUGAAUAUUUGGGCACCUAUGAUACAGGAAUGGAAGUCUGGGGAGGAGAGAAUCUCGAGUUUUCUUUUAGGAUUUGGCAAUGUGGGGGCAGCCUGGAGAUACAUCCAUGUUCUCAUGUGGGGCAUGUGUUUCCAAAGCAAGCUCCUUACUCUAGGAGUAAAGCUUUGGCGAACAGUGUACGUGCUGCAGAGGUGUGGAUGGAUGAUUAUAAAGAGCUAUAUUAUCAUAGGAACCCUCAUGCUCGCCUGGAACCUUUUGGUGAUGUAAGUGACCGACGACAACUUAGGGAGAAGUUGGGAUGUAAAGACUUUAAAUGGUACUUAGAAAAUAUUUACCCGGACAUUCAUGUUCCAGAAGACCGACCAGGAUUAUUUGGCAUGCUUGUAAGCAAAGGCUUGGGAAACUACUGUUUUGAUUACAAUCCUCCAGAUGAUCAUAAUGUUGCUGGAAACAAAGUCAUUUUAUAUGUUUGUCAUGGCAUGGGACAAAACCAGUUCUUUGAAUACUCUUCAUAUGAUGAAAUUAGAUACAACACCCGGGCGCCUGCUGCAUGUGCAUCAGUUGAACAAGGUAAUGAUUACCUGACAAUGCAUCUCUGCAGGAGAAACCAAGAUCCAAUCCCUGAAGAUCAAAAAAUUAUUUUUCGAGAGGAUGGUACGCUAUAUCAUGUUCAAACUGGCAAGUGCUUAGAAGCUGUGGAAAAGACAGAAGUGGGAAGCCCUGCGCCUCUUUUGCGACGCUGCUCAGAUUCAGAUUUUCAGAAGUGGUUUUUCAGGGAAAGGACAUAAUAAGGGAUAAUUACUCCAAAUUACGGCAAAGACUCUUGGAUCCGCCCAUGUUACUGGACCUAAUGGCAGCUUCAGCCUCUCUUGUAUCUAUUUUUCUAAUAAUAUAUUUUUUAUUUUCUGCAUAGAUUAAAAACUCUCUCUUGACAUCUUUUAUGUUAUCAUAUUUUAAAUCUUUCUUUAAAUAGUGUACAGUUGAAAAUUUUAAGUUUGAACUUUUUUUUCCAAAUGAGGACGUAUUAGCUUUCAGUUUACCUGAUUAAUCUUGAAUUAUUAUUUUUUUCUUUGUUUUGGCUUACAGUGUGAUAUUCCUUAAAAUUCACCUUCAGUUUUCAGCUUACACAUUGAUAAUAAGUUGACAUUUUUGUGAUAAUUCAACUAUUUUUACGUUUUUGACAGUAAAAACAGUAUAUUCUUUGUGCCUUGUACAUGUAAGAAUUAUACUGUAGGUAGAGUAUGUCGAGUUCUAAAACUCGCAUUUCAAAUAUUGUCUGCAAUCAGUCAGGUUGUCAAUCAUUGUGUAAGUCUUUCAAAGAUCCAGAAAGAUUAUAGGCUAGGCAGAACUGUAACUAUCUGUUCUGCUGUUUGAGGCCAUAGUCAUGCUUACACACACACACACACACACACUGACAGAAGCACUGGAGGCUGCUGUAUUUGCUGAGUGAAAUGAAACAUUUUUGAAGAUAUGGUGGAAAUGUCCAAUUCUGCUCUCAAGGCAUUCCAAUUUAGAAUCUGUCCUUGGAUCCAAGUGUUGUAAUAAAGAGAUGUUACCUUCACCUUCAGAGUUUCCAGCAAUUUAAUUAUUUAUUGAUAGCAAUGUGAACCAACAACAUUAUAGUGUUGGAGGUGAAUCGCAAAUAGUUCAUUAGGUAUUGACUAGGAAAAUUUAUACUAAAAACUGAGGCUUACAAAUAUUUGCACUGUUACUCUGUUUGGUCUUUGGCAAACACCACUCAAGAAAUCUGAUAUUAAUUGGUAGUUUUUAAACUGAAUAUAAUUUAGAACACUAAACAAAAUUAAAUUUAUAUUUGUAUUGGAUUUAAGGUUUGGAGUGAAUCAGUAAUUUUACAACUGUUAUUUAACAAUUAUCUUUACAAUCUUUAUAAUUUACGUACAUGUGUAACUAACUGUCUAGGUUAAUUUUACUUUACAGUUUAAUUUUAUUUUUUUGUGGGAGUUUUAAAUUUCUCCCUUUUAAUUGUGUGAUGUCUUGUUUAAACAUACUGUUAGUUCCCUCUUUCUCUGUUUUAUGACUGGUUAAAGCAGAACGUAUCACCGUGGCUCUCCAUGAACGCAGUAGUUAAUAUUAUUUCUCUAUUAUAUAUCUUGGAAGGAGACGAUACGUGAUCUUCUCGGAAGACAAUUUGAUGUCCCGCGAGAGACACUUUAAUGUCCUGCGAGAAAAGGCAGUGAGAUAUAAGGACAGCCGCUGUAUAGGCUUUUAAAUGAUCGACACACAGCCUGACAAGCAGAACAUGCGGCUUGGCGGCAGCAGCUGAUCAGACUGCAUUUUCUCGCCGUGUGUUCAGCCACACCAAACCUGCCAUCCCCGCCAACCGCCCAAACCCCCCUCCCCCCAUUAUUGGCAGAGACACAAAGUGGCUGGAGCUUAGCGCCUAGAGGGGCGAUUGGGGUGUGGGUGAGCAAAGCAAGCAGGGGACAAAGCCCCCUAGUUUAUAUAAAAAUAAUAAAACUCAGUUGCAUUUUGUAUAAAAAUUAAUAUUGCAUAAUGCCCUGAAGAUGUCAAGUAGUUAAAUAUUUGGGAGUGUGCCUUUUCACAUUAAUCUCUAAUUUGUUGUUUAUGUGUUGAAAAUGGCGAGUGUAAGUUAACUUAUUUAAAGCAAAUGUGCCUUUUGAAAGUGAAUGAAUGCGCAUGGAAUUUAAGGAUUCUUAUUAUAAUUUUGCUUCAGAUUUUCAUGGUGGUUCUUUUUUCACAACUUUAAUGCUUUAAAAGUAUGUGUUAUUUUGAAUGUGUUUUUCUACAAACACCAAGAAGUCUCAGAUUCUGUGUGCUUUUUAAUUACAAGCAAGACCACCAGAAAAGUUGUUACGUGUACAUUCACUUCAUCAAAUUUAUACAAGGGAUAUUUGCAGUAGUAUCCACAUUACAGACGUGGAUGUAAUUACUGUAGUUAUGAUUGGUCAAUUUAGACUUGUGUUGUAGGGUUUUCACCUCUGCUGUAUACUGCACACGAGCCAUUUAUUACAGAUUCUUUAUUAAUUGCAGAUAUAAUUUAUUAUUUUGAAUCUCACUUUUUUAAGUCACAGAAGUUCAUAUUACCUGACUAAACUGCAGGAGGUGUUUGCACUUUGUCUGCGGUCCAGCAUACUUGAUGACUCUGCCUUGCACAAAAAAAUCAGUAUUGCACAAAACAAACAUGUUCCACGUAUGGAGCAGCAGCAGCUGACUGAGCUGACACAUUUAAUGGGUAUUUUAUGAAGGCUUUGAGAGGGAAAACUAGUGAAAGUAAUACUGGAGUUAAGCUUAGCCAAAUUCCAGACUCUGGUAGUUAGCUGAAAUUAAGAACUUCAGUCUAGGGAAGCUGGUUUUAUGAACGAGUGUACUACUUAUAAUGUAUAAAUACUACUGAAACUGAACUAGAUAUAAAAUAUGUAACAAAUUCUACGUUGAAAAUGAAAAACAUUACCAGUCAAACUUCUGAGCUGAAAGCAAUUCAAAUGCACUAACAUAACAGAUAAAGUUUGCCCAUGUUUGUUACAUUUCUUUGAACAAUUAUCACAAUAGUCGUGGGCACAUGUUGAAGAGUGAGAAUGUUCUUUUUUUUGUAUUUUUGAUUUGUUUAUUUUUUGGGGAGAAAAAAGCAGACAAUGGAUCAAUGUAUGAAUGAUUUGAAGAAAUUAUAGCUUUAACUGAUACCGACUCCUGUAUUGCAACCAAUAUAAAAUGAGAUGGCAGAAAAAAUGUUUUUUUUUUACACUUUAUAAGAAAUAUUGUGAUUGAGGGACCUGUUCUAUGCACUGUGAUUAUUUUUUAAUAAAUCUGCCAUGGAUUAAUGAAAAAA